GACUUUCUCUCCCUAAUCAAAAGCCAUGAUAGACAAACCAUUCCCCACGUUCUUUCAGACCAAACGCAAUCAUUAGUCCACAUUCCCUUGUCCUUUUACUCAUCGCUGCCCACCACCUUUGAUUCCUUCCUUCGAACACACAUCCUUCCUCUUACAUAUACUGAUAUACGUUAACCAGGCAACUUCAUUCCCCCUUCCCCACCAUCCAUCUCUUUGCAAAAGGGAAAAGAAAAGGGACAAAAAAUGACUUGUACCGCGGUCGGUGACACAAUUCCCGAUGGCACUCUCUCCUAUGCUGAUGAGGAUGAUCAGAUUCUAAACGUGUCCGUACACUCCCUUGCUGCCUGUAAACAGGUCAUUCUCGUCGGAGUUCCCGGUGCCUUUACACCCACGUGCAGUUUGAAGCAUGUUCCAGGAUUCAUUGAAAAAGCAGAGGAGCUGAAGUCAAAAGGCAUUAGUGAGAUUUUCUUAAUCAGUGUAAAUGACCCAUAUGUGAUGAAGGCUUGGGCAAAGUCAUAUCCCGAAAACAAGCAUGUCAAGUUUUUCUCUGAUAGCUCUGCAGCUUACAUCAAAACUCUUGGUCUUGACCUUGACGUCUCUGACAGAGGUUUUGGAGUUCGGUCACAAAGGUUUGCUCUCCUGAUUGAUGAUCUUAAAGUUAAAGUUGUUAACGUGGAAUCUGGUGGCCAGUUCAAAGUUUCCAGCGCUGAAGACAUGCUCAAAUCUCUCCGAUUACUUGCUGCCUCACAACUCUACUAUUUUAUUUGUGUGUUAUGUUCUGUAAUAAUAACUUCCGUCUUACAAAGAUGUUUUUAAUGUACAUUCUCAAGAAAAUCAUUUCUUGCUACUUGAACUGCUGUUGCUUUUGUAACCUGGGGAAUGUCAUAUAGUUUGUUAAGUUUACA